UCAAGAACAAAUCCAGAACAAAUCCAGCCAUCCAUCCAUCCAUCCAUCCAUCCAUCGCCACUACAAAACACCAACAUAAUUUUACUCCAAUCCCAAUCCCACUCUUUGUUCUUCCUUUUUUUCUUUUCGCAUCUUUCUCUUUGUUUCCACUAUCAUAAUCCCAAUCUUCUUCCUCUAUAAAUCCAUCGCCAUUCAUUUUCUUAACGAAAAGGGGUAGAAACAACCUUCUCCACCGACACCCAUUUUCCCAAUUCCCCUUCCCUCCGAUUUAUACCCCAAAAAAGGCCUUCAAUCUCAUAGAACAGAGCAGAACAGAGCAGAACAGAGUAGAACAGAGCUUCUCUGUGUUUAUCGGAAUGGGGAACUGCUUAUUCGGCGGUGGGUCUGGUGAGAUUCAGGGGAAAAUCAAGGUAAUUACGUCCAACGGCGGGAUUAUGGAGUUGGGUUCUCCGAUUACCGUCGGGUGCAUCGCUGAUGAGUUUCCCGGCUAUGGAAUAUUCAAAAGCCACGAUCUUUUUUGGAACCCAUUACCGCACAACGAGGAGCUGCUUCCGGGGAAAUCCUACUACUUGCUUCAGAGAAACAGGGGAAGAAACAGAGGAGAGACAGAAGAAGGGGAAAUGGGAAUUAUAAGGGCGCGUGAGGGGCACGUGAGGUCGAAUAGUGUACCGGAGGCGACGGCGGCGGCGGCGGGUAUGGCGCCGUACAGAAUGUCGUUUGAUUAUCAGGGGGUUUUGAGGAGGUCACAGACGGAGGUUUUUUCGAGGAGCAGUGAGAAGAACGGCGGGGGGGUUUGGAAGGUGAAAUUGGUGAUUAGUCCGAAGCGAUUGGUGGAGAUUUUGGAGGAGGAAGGUCACACUCAGGAGUUGAUUGAGAGCGUAAGGACUGUGGCUAAAUGUGGAAGUACUAGCACCAGCAGCAGCUUUUCGUCGUCCAUGGCGUUUUCCGAUCACUGGAGUUUGUCCUCCACCACCGCCAAUGCUACUCCGAGCGCUUCCUCCAAAAGUGGCGGCUUGCUGGAGAUCUAACAGUAAACAAGUAAUUUUUUUUCUUCCCAUUUGUUAAUUGUGCCUUUUGCAUAUCUUAUAUGUAAUACAGAGUAUACAAACUUUGAUAUAUGUGUAUUAUUAUGUUAACAUGGAUAUGUAUUAAUGUUAGCUACAUAUUCGAUAGAAACGGGUAUUAAAUAUGAUA